UGAAUACGUAAUUACUGCUCACAAAAUGGUGCAUAACCAUCCAUGCGAUAGGGUGUACAUGCAGAAUGACCCCUGGUAUAGAAGACUAACAGUAGAAGAGAAAGAAAACUUGGAACCCCUUCUUCAGCAAUCGCACUCAUCCGAUGAAAUAAUUGCGCAUGUUAAGGAAAAAUUCCGCAAGGAUAUAACUCGUAGUGACGUUAAAAAUAUGAAAGCCCUAGUUAAUAAAGGUAUGUCAAGCCGUCGUGACAUUUUUGAUUUCCUGAAAUGCCGUGGGAAGUUAAUGGAGUAUUACUCAGAUGAACCUACGCGGAAUUCACUAACAAGAGUCUGUUUUUCAACUAAUGAGCAAAUCCAGUUGUAUAAACAGUUCCCGGAGGUUGUCGGUAUUGACUCUACAUAUAAUACAAAUAAAGGGAAGUAUUCAUUGUUCCAAUUACUUGUGACGGAUAAUUUUGGUCGUGGGCGACCAGUGUUAUUCGCUUGGACUCGAAAGGAAUUCAAGCGUGAUGUAGUCUGGAUUUUGGACUCAUUUAGUCAAAUAAUGGAAGAUACAUCUAAAACUGAGACAUUUAUUAUGGACUGUGCGCAAUGUGAAAUAGGAGCAGUGAAGUUAACGCACAGGCAAGCGCACAUUGUGCUCUGUUCUUUCCAUGUUUGUCGUGCAUUCUGUCGUAAAGUAAAUUUUUUUAGCACAUUAAAAAUUUUACUUGCAGACACGGAAUCCCAUUGUUAAGAACUAUUUAUGUCGCUUAGUUCAGUGUAAAAGUAGAUCAGAGUAAUGCCUGUAAUAUUUUCAUUUUCCAGAUUUAAUUUCUAUUAUAGAGUUAUAAGCAGAUUGGAUGUUCGUGUCAGUCAAUAUAUACAGCGUCGUUGGAUGAGUAGACGAGAAUUGUGGGCAGCAGCUUUCAGAGAUCACGUGCUGACUUAUGGUAAUGCUACUAAUAAUCGAGUAGAAAGUUCACACAGGCAAGUGAAGCGGUACUUGCAAAGGUCAGACAGUCUGCAGAAAAGCAUGCUGAAGGUUUAUAAAUGGUGUCAACGAAGUUAUUCCAGAAUUCAGCAGG